UAGCCGACUUUGCCGCCUCGCCCUCCGGCUAAACACCGUUCAUGGUUCAGUGCCGCGCUUCUCUGCGGAGACAUGGACGCCGCAAUGUUUCAGCUGAGGUCGUUCGUCCAUCAGCGGCUGUACACGGCGGCGGAGGAGAUCCUCGGAGAGGUGCAGAAAACCAUCACCUUAGCCGUCUACGAGGCAGAAGUUGGUCGGUCUAAGGAGGAGGAGGAGGAGGAGGAGGAGGAGGAAAGUCUGCGGCACCGGCGAGACUUCCUGCAAAAUCAAUCAGCUGCACUGACCAGCAGCUCAGUGAAACAUGGAGAUGAAUGUGAUGCUCCUCUGCUGCAGGAGAACCCAGCACCCUCAACACCAGAAGAGUCUAGUUCCAGUCUGGGUGCCUCUCAAACCAGAGCAGGCCCAGACAAUACUAACUGGAACCACUGCUUGGUUCGGGCAGACCUCUUGAUGUCGGAGAUAAAAGAAGAGCAGGAGGAACUUGGGGACGACGGUCAAACACAGGAGAUGUUUAUUCCCUCUCCUGAAAUUGUGAAAAGCGAGCAAGAUCAGCCGGAGACACAAGUAUCGCAUGAUAUGCCGCCAGUUUCUUCAGACGGGUCUGCUGCUCAGAGUGAGAACGAUGAGGAGGAGUUGGUGAACAGCAAAGGAGGACAGACCAAAACAACGAGAAGGAAAGGAACGACAUCUCAAGGGCAAAGCGGCAGCAGUAAUGAGAAGGAAAAGGGAACAUCACCCACUGACAAAAGCUCAGAUAAAAGUGAAAAGGGUCGCAGUUUUUGCCAUUUUUGUGGCAAGGGAUUCCAGUACAUCGGCUCUUUGAUGAAGCACAUAAAAACACAUGAAAACAAUUUGGAUUGCACUGUUUGCGGGGUGACAUGCCUCUCGUCAAAUGAGCUGAUAACUCACGUGGAAGGUUGUCACAACAAAACCUAUUUUUGUGACAUUUGCGGCAAGACUUUCGCCAAUAUCCGCUGUCUCCGGCUACAUGAAAGAAUACACACAGGCAAGAAAGAGUUUGUGUGUCAAGAAUGCGGCAAGACAUUUUACCGAAGAGAGCAUCUGAUUGUGCAUGUGAGGACCCAUUCUGGGGAGAAACCCUAUCACUGUGAUAUUUGUGGAAAAGCAUUCAGUCAGAGCCAGAACCUUACAAUUCACAAAAGAAGUCAUUCAGGGGAGAAACCCUAUCAAUGUGGCCUGUGUGGCAAACUUUUUAACACUAGCAGUCAUCUCAAAACUCACAUGAGAUACCACUCAGGAGAAAAACCGUACCCAUGUGAUAUUUGCGGUAAACGUUUUAGCCAAAGCGGACAGAUGACUAGACAUAGGACCACGCAUACGGGAGAGAGGCCGUAUGGCUGCCGUGUUUGUGGCAUGAGAUACAGGUUUGCACCUAAUCUGAAGGUGCACAUGCAAACUCAUGAAAAGGCAUCCAAUGGGUGAAAACAGGUACAUUUAACAGGCAAACCAUCUCGGAGCUCAAUUACAAAUCACAAAUAAUGGUAAAUUAGAUUUUUUUAUGAGGAACAAUUGAAAGAGCUCCUUUAUUGUUGUCAGAAAAAAACAACACAAUCUGAAUAUGUUCAUGAAUCCCUUUUAGGUUUGGGUUGAUAUGUGUUAGACUGCUGAAAUAUUAUAGCACUUACUAAAAUGGUUAGAUGAUUCCAGUAAAAACCAGUAUCGCUUAGACCAUCAGGGUGUUGAGCAACAUCUCUGGAACUGUUUUUUUCCCACAUUUCAUGUUUGUAUUAUUGUUUAUUCUUCUGUGAGAUGGCAUCCUAUGGUGAAACCAAAUUUCCACAUGGGGGGGACAAUAAAGUUUAA